AAGCUCUAUUCCUCUCACUAGUCACUACACAAUCUUCUCACUCACUCACUCACUCUUUUACUUGACCGACACGUAGAAAAAGCUGCUCGACAUUGUCUGUGGGGUCGCCUACUUAACUGGGUUUCCUUCAAAUUCCGUGCUUCGAAUCUUUCGUUUGAGCAAUUUUCUGCUCUCUAACCUAAUGUAUCUCCUUCCGUGAAGAGAACCAACAAUGGUGGUGCGGAGUUGGAUUGCUUUGCUUCUUCUCAUUCUCGUGCUUCUCUCUGCUCCAAAUGCUUCUUCGGCUGCUGCCACGCCUCCUGUGAAAAUUGUUAGUGGGGUUGUUUCAAAUGUGGUCUCGGCUAUAGUUAAGUGGCUCUGGUCGCUGAAAUCUACCACCCAAACUGCAAUUUCUUCUAGCCGUUCCAUGAUGAAAUUUGAGAGUGGGUAUACGGUGGAAACAGUUUUUGAUGGAAGUAAGCUGGGAAUAGAACCUUACUCAGUUGAAGUGUCCCCAACUGGGCAGCUUUUGGUUUUGGAUUCUGAGAACAGUAACAUCUACAAGGUCUCAACGCCUUUGUCUCGAUAUAGCAGGCCUAGACUAGUUGCUGGAUCACCUGAAGGGUACACCGGACACGUCGAUGGUAAGCCUAGAGAAGCAAGAAUGAAUCAUCCAAAAGGGAUGACAGCGGAUGACAGAGGAAAUAUUUACGUUGCUGACACGAUGAACAUGGCUAUCAGGAAGAUAACUGAUGCAGGGGUUUCAACUAUUGCUGGUGGAAAAUGGGGCCGUGGAGGUGACCAUGUUGAUGGUCCUAGUGAAGAUGCGAAGUUUUCGGAUGACUUUGAUGUCAUUUAUCUUGCGAGUAGGUGCUCUCUUUUGGUUAUAGACAGGGGAAACCAGGCAAUUCGAGAAAUCCAACUCAAUUACGAAGAUUGUUCUUAUCAAUAUGACAGUAGUUUUCACUUAGGAAUAGCAAUGCUAGUUGCAGCUGCAUUCUUCGGUUACAUGUUGGCACUGCUUCAGCGUCGGGUGCGAGCAAUGUUUUCUUCGGAAGACGAUGUAAGAGCUCCUAUGAAGACGGGCAUGCCAAUGGCACCAUAUCAGAAGCUUUCUAAAUCUGUAGGGCCCUCAUUAAUUCCAACCGAAGACGAAACCGAUAGACAAGAAGAGGGAUUCUUUGGUUCACUUGGGAGGCUUUUCGUCAACACUGGAUCAUCUGUGGCUGAAAUCUUUGGGGGGGUGUUUACGGGAUUUAGAAGGAAACCCCGGCAUUAUCAACUUCAGCAGCAGUAUCACCAAGCAAACAAAUACUCUAAUGCAUGGCCCAUGCAAGAAAGCUUUGUAAUUCCAGAUGAAUAUGAGCCUCCUCCAUCACUAGACACGAGAACCCCGACACCAAAGAGAAGCUAUCCAUUCAUGAGCAAAGAACUGGAAAAGAGCCACCAUGUUAAGCAGAGCCGGGCUUAUUGUAGCGGAUGGGAUGGCGAAUAUGUGCAUCAACAGCAACAGCAUCAGAUGCAACAGCAGCAGCAGCAGCAACAGCAGCAGCAGCAGCAGCAGCAUCACCACAGGCAUUACUCAGCAAGCCCAAAGACUUACUAUGAGAAAAGUUGUGAGACGAACGAGAUUGUGUUUGGGGCGGUUCAAGAGCAGGAUGGUCGGCGCGAAGCGGUAGUUAUAAAGGCGGUAGACUAUGGAGAUCCUCUUCAUAACCACCACAACAUUCGACCUCGACUUAACUACAUGGGCUAUUCCCAAUCCCAUGGCCAUUGAUCUUUCAUUGAGGAAGUGGACGUAGGAGUUGGGCCUUCUACUGCUUCUUGUAUUUCCUCUUUUCUUUUUUCUUAGGGAAUUUGUUUGUUCUACAAAGUUUUUCCCUCCACAGAGGGAAAUGUAAGAAAGUACAUAUUGAGCUGGAAUGUAUUUUCUAUAUUUAGAAAUCAAGAGAAACAAUUUAGUACUCAGAUGACCACCAAUCUAAUCGUUUG